AUGGAGCAAGAUGGCAUUUUGUCUCAGGAGCUGAUCAGUCAAAGAGCUCAGCUAGGAGAUGGAGCUGUGCAGCUGAACCCUGAUGGGGAGGAGUGGACUCCUGUUGCAAAGAUAGAAUCAUCUCCAUGUUAUUUACUGACCAUAAGAGUCAUAAGAGCAAGGAAUAUCCAGCAGGCAGAUGUCUUGAGCCAAACUGAUUGCUACGUGAGCCUGUGGCUGCCAACUGCUUCAGCUGAUAGAUUUCGGACUAAAGCUAUCAAGAACUGCAAAGAUCCAGUCUGGAAUGAAACCUUCUACUUCAGGAUCCAGAGUCAAGUCAAGAACGUGCUGGAGCUGGCUCUGUAUGACAAGGACGUGCUUACUCCAGAUGACCACCUCUUCACUGUGUACUUUGAUACAGCCAAGCUUGCCCUGGGAGAGCAAGUCUUCUUGCACUUCAAGUGUGAUUCACAGAGACAAGAGGAGCUAGAGGUGGGAUUUGCAUUGGAUAAUAUUUCAGGCCCUCCCGAAACUAUCGUUACUAAUGGGGUGCUAGUGUCUCGCAAGAUCUGCUGCUUGGAAGUCCAGGUGGUUGAGAAGAAGCAGAAGAAGAAAAGGGAGAAGAAAUCUUUAUCAAAGAAAGAAUUCUCCUUCCAAGUGCAAGGCUCUUAUGAGGGCACCCAAGACUGGCUGGGAUCUGAUCUGCUCUUGAGCUCCUCCUCUCCUGCCAAAUUCCACUAUGCCAGAUACAAGCAGCCAAGGCUGGAUGUAACGCUCCCAGGGAAGAAACAACCUCCUUCCUUUGGCUCCUAUGUGUAUGGGACAGGCUCUCCAAACAUGGAGCUCCAUUCCCUUCCAAGUGGAAAGAACGUGCUCCUAGCAGAGGAUGAAGGGUUUGAUCUGUAUGGGAAGGCAGAAGACUGCCCAGAACACCUUGAUGUACGUUUAGGGUUUGACCUUUGCAAGCAGGAGCAAGACUUCCUAUGCAAAAGACAGAAGUGUGUCGCUCCUGCUCUGAAGAAGGUCCUGCAGCUGGAAGAGGAUCUGCUGGACCAUGAGACCCCAGUGGUGGCCAUCAUGACCACAGGAGGAGGGAUGAGAUCUUUGACGGCGCUGUACGGCAGUCUGCGGGGGCUCAAGAAACUCCGUGUCCUGGACUGUGCCACCUACCUGACUGGCUUGUCUGGUACUACAUGGACAAUGUCAAACUUGUACAGAGAUGCUGACUGGUCCCAGAAGGACCUCGACGAGCAAAUCAGCGAGGCUCGAAAACACAUGACCAAGUGCAAGAUACAAUCCUUCUCCUUGAAGUACAUGAAGUAUUACAAAAAGCAGCUGAGCCAGAGGAAAAGAGAGGGCCACAAAACAUCCUUCAUAGAUCUCUGGGGGCUUGUCCUGGAAUCUUUGUUGCAUGAUGGGAAAGACAACCAUCGACUCUCUGAUCAGCAACGGGCUGUUGAUGGUGGGCAGAACCCGCUGCCCAUCUAUACUGCAGUCAAUGUCAAGAACAACUACAGCACUCUGGAUUUCAAAGAAUGGGUGGAGUUCACUCCUUAUGAGGUGGGAUUGCAAAAAUAUGGAGCUUUCGUUCGUGCUGAGGAUUUUGGCAGCGAGUUCUUCAUGGGGAGGUUGAUGAAGAAGCUCCCAGAGUCCCGCAUCUGCUUCUUGGAAGGCAUAUGGGGUAGUUUAUUUUCAUUCAAUGUGUUGUAUAUCUGGAAUCUGUCCCAUACAUCAGAAGAUUUCUGGCACAGGUGGACCCGGGACAAAAUGGACAAUAUAGAGGAGGAUCCUUCACUGCAUCCAAAGGCUCAUGAGCUGGGGACUCGCCUGGUCACCCCUCCGGGGCCCCUGGACAGUGCUCUGCGUGGGGCUCUCACCGACCGCCUCUGCCUCGCCCAGGACCACAGCUUCCUCAAGGGCUUCCAGAUGCACAACAGCUACCUGGAGAACAAGCACUUCUGCAGAUGGAAAGAUACCGUAUUAGACACGUUUCCCAACCAGCUGACACCAUCAGAGGAGUUCCUGUCUCUGGUAGACACGGGGUUUUUCAUCAACACAAGCAUCAUGCCACUGUUAAAGCCAGAGAGAAAGGUAGAUGUCAUCCUGCAUUUAAAUUACAGUGCAGGAUCCCAGGUACAGGCUCUGGACCAGACCUGCAAGUACUGCUCAGAGCAGGGAAUUCCUUUUCCCAGGGUGGACUUGAGUGAAGAAGACAGGGAACACCUGAAGGAGUGUUACCUCUUUGAUGGUGCUGAGACUCCAGGAGCACCAGUGCUGCUAUUUUUCCCACUAAUUAAUGAUACCUUCCAAAAAUACAAAGCACCAGGUCAGAAGCGCUCAGAGUCAGAGAUGGAAGAUGGGGAGGUUGAUCUCUAUGGCUGCUGCUCCCCUUAUUCAACGUACUCACUGCAAUACACCGAGAAGGCCUUUGACCGUCUGGUUGAGCUGAGUGAAUACAACAUCCUAAACAACCAAGCCCUCAUCAUGCAGGCCUUGCACACAGGAGUGGCAAGGAAAAGGCAGAGAGACAAAUAA